CCAAAAAUAUAAAAAGGAAUAAUUGUUCUUUUAGCGAAAAAAAAAAAUUGCUGCCGCAGAAGCGUGCAAAAUGAAUCCAAUUGAUUAUGUGUGCGUAAAAAAAGAUGAAAGAUCAUUGCCAACAUCGUGACAGCAACAGUUGUGAGUGUUUGUCUUUUACUCCCGCCACUUGCCAACGUCUCGUUGAGCUUAUUGAGCCUUGAAUAGUAGUAAAAUAAAUCCUUCAUUUUGCUCGUGUUUGUGUCCUUAAGAUAAAAUUAAAAUAAAUUAAAUGAUAUUCAAAUUUUCGCGUUAUAAAAAAUUGCUUAACAUGCGUAGAUCUGCAUUCAGUCGCAAUCAUUAUUUUAUUUUCGGUUUACUACUUGGUCUUGUACUCAGUUUCUAUAUACCGCAAAAUAUUUGGGAAUUAGUACAGCAGGAGGAAUGUCCACAAGAAGCAGCAGAAAACAGUCUAAUCGAAAAAUUUGGUCAAGAAUUUGAGCCACAUUUAAAUUUGAUAAAUAAGCCGCUUGCAGCCAAAAAACCGGCAAAAAAUGUCAUCCGUCCACGUUAUUACUCCUCUGAAUUGGGAAUACGCGAAAAAGUUUUUGUUGGCGUUAUGACAUCACAGGACAACAUAAAUACGUUGGCGACAGCAAUUAACCGUACAACGGCUCAUUUAGUCAAUAAAAUAAAAUUCUUCAUAAAUGCAGAUAAUGUUAAAAAAAACUACAAUCUUAAAAAUAUUGUAGGAUUCACAGAUACUCGCGAAACUUUACGACCUUUUCAUGUGAUAAAAUACAUUGCAGACUAUUAUCUUGACGACUAUGAUUAUUUCUUAAUUAUACCGGAUAAUGUGUACGUUGAUGCACGAAAGCUGAAAUCUAUGCUGUAUCAUAUGAGCAUCACAUUUGAUCUCUACAUGGGCUCACGUACAGAACAGAAUGUUGUGGGCUAUGGUGCAUACAAUGGGCGGUCGGACGAUCUGAUGAACAAUGGUAAGAUAGAGAAUGAGAAUAAUGAUGAUUUCAAAAUGCUCAGUGAUCGGAAUUACUGUGAUUUAAAUGCGGGCAUAUUGCUUAGUAGCAGUGUCAUAAGAAAAAUGCGCAAUAAUCUCGACUGGUGCGUGCGGAAUGGCAUUACCAAUGUACACAGCGUUAAUAUUGGCCGAUGUGUUAAGUAUUCCAGUAAAUUAUCUGGCUGUCAAGAGAGUUUUCAGGGUGUUCGACAGUUCACAUAUCCAUUAAAACCAUAUGUAAAGUUAUUUAAAGAUCUAAACCAGUUAACAAAGGACGAUUUUUUUCGCAACUCAACUACUGUUUAUCCGGUAACAUCUACUGAUGAUUUCUAUCGCUUGCACGCUUACUUCUCUAGGUAUCAUUUGGAACUGGUGCAGCAACGUAGCAACGAGUUGGAACAGAAAUCUUAUCACAUCGCUAAUGGUUCAGUGUCUAAUAAUAUACUCGAAAUACGCUGGCCACUGGGCGUACCAUUGAAUAGUUUACCAGAAACUCGACAUGAUAUAAUCACUUGGCACCUUAUAAAUCGUACGCAUAUUUUUUUACCAAAUGCAGAGAAUAAUGUCGAACCGCUUAGUCGGAUAGCACUAUUAGACUUUGAAAAGGUUUUGGAAAUCACAUUGCAAUAUGCAACACAUAAAUACCCAACUUACAAGUAUAUUGAUAUACACACCGCCUAUAGAAAAUUCGAUCCGACCAGAGGAAUGGAUUAUCAGUUACACUUAAACUUUCGUAAUCCAAAGAAACCACAACAAAUAAUAACUAAAAAUUUUCAAGUUGUGAAGCCAUUAGGACGUGUUGAAGUAGUACCGUCACCAUAUGUUACGGAAAGUACUCGCAUAUCUUUGCUCGUACCCACAUUUGAACAUCAAAUAACGGAUGCUAUCGACUUUAUAACACAAUAUGAGCGCAUUUGUAUGCGUAACCAGGAUAAUACAUUUUUGUUAAUGAUUUUUUUAUAUCGCUAUGAUUCGUCCAGUAAAGGAGAUCAUGACCCAUUUAAAGAUAUAAAAACUCUAGCAUUAGAUUUAUCUUCGAAAUAUAAAACAGAUGGUUCGCGCAUCGCAUGGGUUUCUGUACGCUUGCCACCAAUUUUUAGUGAUGCCAUUUUACCAGACGAUAUUAUGUUAAAUUCACUUUAUGCACGUAACGAAAUACUUAGUAUAGCAGUGGCCGAUCUUGCCUUACCAAAAAUUGGACUUGAUAGUUUAGUGUUAAUGGCUUCGACAGCGAUUACAUUUAAAACAGAUUUUCUGAAUAGAGUCCGCAUGAACACUAUACAAGGAUUUCAAAUAUACUCACCAAUCGGUUUCAUGAUGUACCCUUGCAAAUUGGCGCAGUUCUGUAAAGAAUGCGAAACUUGUGAUGUAAGCCAAAGUACUGGAUAUUUUGACAAAUGGAACUAUGAUGUCAUAUCGUUUUAUAGCAGAGACUAUGUUCAAGCGCGUAAACUAGUGGACGCAUCAGUUCCUAUUAUGAGGACCGACAACGAUAUUGAAUCUUUACUCACACGAUCUGAUAAAAAAAUUAAUACUAUACUGGAUAUGUUUGUUAGUUCACAACUGCCAGUGCACAUUUUACGUGGUACAGAACCAAAUUUACGAUAUGGAACUGCUAUCAAAAACCUCAUGGAUGCAACAACUGAACUGAAUAUUCCAAAAUGUGCACACUCAUUAAAUACUAAUGAAAACUCAAAUAACUUCAUUAAUAAUAUAAAUACAUAUUCCAACGAAAUUCCAAUAAGAUAUGAUAGCUUUCGUAGUGAUAAUGUACGUAGUUUUAGUAGUCAUAAAUGUAUACAUUUAGCAUCUAGAAAACAAAUAGGCGAUGCCAUAAUAAGAUAUGAAGAUAAAUCUAUACUACAAAAAUAA